UACAACCCCCAUUUCAGUCAUUCGAAUUUAAAUGCACAUACAUUGCUUACAAAAUUUCCAGUCUGAUAAUACUAAGAUGUUCCCACAAAAAAAUAAAGGUUUUGCCAAUGUUAGCGCAUUCGAUUGUAGAAGAGAUAAUACAAGAGAUAAGACAAAGAAACACAUAAGAAAUAAACGCGUGAAGAAAAAGAUUGAAGAAUUUACUCGGAGUAAAAGUAAAAAUGACGAAAAGAUUUUUCCUCCAAAAAGUCAAUCAGAAUGCCUGGAUUUUAAGCAUCCUCAAUUAGAAGAAUGCAAAGAACAAGAAAGAAAAUUAUUUACCACGUUCUCGAAAGAUCAAAAGUAUGAAAUAGACGAGAUUCAAAAGCCAAUCUUUCAAAAUCCUGCGGUAGAUAAAUAUCUGAAUGAGUCAAUGAAGAAAACAUUGAAUAGAUAUAAGAAUCACGAUGACAAAUGGAAAGAUUUAAUUGAAUGAAACGUUAAAAAGAAAAUUGA